CUGUGGCCAGUGCAUGCGUAAUGGGGUUUGGAGCGCGUAAGCACGUAAACAAAAGCACAUUGUCAGUGGCACUGGCAGCCAGUCUGCAAAGCCAAGAGUGGGUGAAGUGAACAGUCAUUUCCAUCGCCCUAUCCAGACAGCGAGAAAGCUUCAGCAGAUCCACGAGCAGCAGCACAGUAAGGAUGGGAUUAUUUACCACCGUCCUCCUGCACUGGAUACACCUCUAAGGAGAAGUUUAGUGGAGAAUAGGACGUUGUUGGAAAUCAGUUAUAAGUGGCCAUGCCGUGCGUCCAGACCCAGUGCGGCUCAUCUCCUCAAGGAGCCAGCCUAGCCUCUCAGAGCGCCGGCAGCUGCGACUUCCUCACCCCGGAGUUUGUGAAGUUCAGCAUGGACCUUACUAACAGUGAAAUCUCAGCUGCAACGUCGGGCCCUACUUUCGGCCCUCUGACGGACACUUACAGCUCCGGCUACGACGUUAAGCCCCCGUGUCUCUUUCAGAUGCAAGUUCAGGGGGAGCUACCGUGCGUCAAGGUGGAGGAUGCGCACGGGUGCCCGCGGUAUCAGCCGAAUCAGCAUCACUCGCAUCAGUCAGACGAGGUCAUUUCUUCCCCGAGCUCCGUUUAUUAUUACCGCUCUCCCUCACCGCACUCCUCUCUUACGUCCAACUUCCAGAUUCCGUCGGGACACAUAUGGGAGGACUCGGGCUCCCUGUACAGCUUUCGGCAGGACUAUUUGGCGGCGGCGCACAGGAAAAACGCGCUGUCCAGAUUUUCCUUGCUUUCCAUAAAGCACACGCAACACGACGGUCAGGGUUUCUCCACCUGCCAGAUGAAAUUUGACGGAUCUCUGGCGCACCAGCCGCUGGAAAACCCCGCCGUUUUGGGCUCCACCGGCCUGAGUAAACAGUCCGGUGUCGGAUUUCCUCACCCUCUCCAGCUCACACACGGCCACCACUUCAUGGAAUACCAGACUUCUUCGGCGCCCAUCCGAGGACCGCUGAGCUCAGAGGGGUUGUGCGCGGUGUGCGGGGAUAACGCAGCCUGCCAGCACUACGGAGUGCGCACCUGCGAGGGCUGCAAAGGGUUUUUCAAGCGCACAGUGCAAAAAAAUGCCAAGUAUGUGUGCUUGGCUGCCAAAAGCUGCCCUGUGGACAAACGCAGGAGGAACCGAUGCCAAUAUUGUCGCUUCCAGAAGUGCCUCGCAGUGGGAAUGGUCAAAGAAGUGGUGAGGACAGACAACUUGAAAGGUCGAAGAGGUCGUCUGCCGUCCAAACCCAGAGCUCUUCCAGACGCCUCCUCGCCUGGCAGCACCCUCCUGAGCGCCCUCAUCAGGGCGCACGUGGAGUCAAACCCACCGACUUCUCGCCUCGACUACUCCAAAUUUAAAGAGAGUCCAGGAAGUCCCCCGGGAGAUGAUGCUCAGCAUGUCCGGCAGUUUUAUGACCUCCUGACCAAAUCGAUGGAGGUCAUUCGGGGUUGGGCACAGAAGAUCCCGGGUUUCACCUCUUUACCUAAACACGACCAAGACCUCCUCUUCUACUCAGCCUUCCUGGAGCUUUUUGUUUUACGGCUGUCUUACAGAUCCAACCCAGAAGAAGGGAAGCUGAUCUUCUGUGACGGGUCGGUGUGGCACCGGCUCCAGUGCCUGCGGGGCUUUGGGGAAUGGAUUGACAGCAUCGUUGAGUUUUCUGCCAAUCUGCAGAGGCUGAACCUGGACGUCUCCACCUUUUCCUGCAUAUGCACCCUCGCCCUGGUCACCGAGCGGCACGGGCUGAAGGAGCCAAAAAAAGUGGAGGAGCUGCAGAACAGUGUGGUUAGGUGCUUGAAGGAUGGCGGGACGAGCGCGGAUGGAGGCUCGAGCUGCUGGUCCAAUCAUUUGUCCAGACUUUUGGAAAAGCUGCCGGAACUGCGCACUCUGUGCAUCCAGGGCCUGCAGAGGAUUUUCUACCUGAAGCUGGAGGAUCUGGUGCCGCCGCCUGCCAUCAUAGAUAAGUUAUUCCUCGACACGCUGCCAUUCUAGAGACAUGAGAGAACACACAUGGGGACUUUUUUUUUUCUGUGGUUUUCUAAGCGAAGACACUGUUUGAUCUCUUUUACUCCUGAUAAUAAUUCCUGACUAUUUGGAUGUUGUGCACAAAAUAAAAAAAAAAAGAAUUAAAAACUACUACUGAGCCGUUAGAUCACAUUUCACUAAGAACAAGUGAAAUGAGAAGGGGAAGAAGUUUAAUCCAAAAAUUCUGACCACUUAACACUUAAAUUUAAUGUCACUGAAGCAUGCUGAUGACUUUGAAAAAGGAUACAUUUCAUUGCAAGACUGAAAUAACAAGGUUUCCCUACUAUUAUUACUCUGUACAGCGUGAUUUAAGGAGCCCGUCAGGCCAAAGUUAUGGACUGUAAGUGACUAAAGUGACCUACCCUUUCUCCUCCUUCUUAUCGUGUACAAACGCAUUUUGAUACGAGACAUGGCAUCCCAUCAUGUUUAUUAGUGAUUCAUAAUAUUCACUAACCUCUGUUGUCUUCUCAGAGUAAGAUGUCAUUGUCCAUGCUU